AUGAAGCGAUUUGGACGUGAGGUAAUAUCAGUACAUGUUGGACAAGCAGGUGUACAAAUUGGAAAUGCUUGCUGGGAAUUAUAUUGCUUAGAACAUGGCAUUCAACCCAAUGGUAUGAUGUUUGAUGAUCAAGUUGUCGAUUCGGAAGAUGAUUCAUACAAUACAUUUUUUGCUGAAACUAUUCAUGGUAAGCAUGUUCCACGGGCAAUUUUUAUUGAUUUAGAACCAACUGUUGUAGAUGAAGUUCGAACUGGAGCUUAUCGAUCAUUAUUUCAUCCCGAACAACUUAUAAGCGGGAAAGAAGAUGCUGCUAAUAAUUAUGCCCGUGGCCAUUACACUAUUGGAAAAGAAGUUAUUGAUGUUUGCAUUGAUCGCAUUAGACGUAUGAGUGAUAUGUGCAGUGGUUUACAAGGAUUUUUAAUUUUCCAUUCAUUUGGUGGCGGUACUGGAAGUGGUUUCUCAGCAUUGCUUAUGGAACGUUUGUCCGUUGAUUAUGGCAAAAAAUCAAAGCUUGAAUUUAGCAUUUAUCCAGCAUCACUGCGGUUUGAUGGUGCAUUAAAUGUUGAUUUAACCGAAUUCCAAACAAAUUUAGUACCGUACCCACGGAUACAUUUUCCGCUUGCUACAUAUGCUCCGAUUAUUUCCAGUGAGCGUGCUUUUCAUGAACAGCUAACGGUGCCUGAAAUAACAAAUCAAUGUUUUGAGCCUGGUAAUCAAAUGGUUAAAUGUGACCCGAGAGAAGGAAAAUUUAUGGCAUGUUGUUUACUUUUUAGAGGCGAUGUGGUCCCUAAAGACGUUAACAUGGCUAUAGCAGGAAUAAAAACAAAACGUUCAAUUCAGUUUGUCGACUGGUGUCCAACUGGUUUCAAGGUAGGCAUCAAUUACCAACCGCCGACAGUUGUACCUGGUGGUGAUUUAGCAAAACUUCAACGAGCUGUUUGUAUGCUAGCCAAUACAACAUCAAUUGCUGAGGCUUGGGCUAGGCUUGACUAUAAAUUUGAUUUAAUGUAUGCAAAGCGAGCCUUUGUUCAUUGGUAA